CAUUUACAGGUACUUGUUUGUUUAUCAUUUGUCAGCUGUAAUCAAACGGUGGUGAUCUCGUGCUGCUACAGUUUCGUCCUUCCGUGAAGGUUUUUCGCUGGCCGAAAAUAAAUCUCCCUGGUUUCUGACGCCGUCUCAUCACCGGACCAAGCCACUGCAAAUGAUCCGGAUAUUGAACCAACUCCGUGCCUUAAGUAGGAAAGCCUUCAGCAAACGCUAUCUGCUCUACACGAACGUGGCCAUCUCGUUCAGUCUGUCCGGAGUGGGUGACAUAAUUGAGCAGCAUUACGAAAUUUACACGGGGACCUUGGAAUGCUGGGACCGUCAGCGUACGCACCAAAUGUCCAUAUCGGGACUGACGGUUGGCGUUUUCUGCCACAAUUGGUAUAACUUCAUGGACCGCAAGUUUCCCGGCCGAACGCUCCGAGUCGUGCUGAAGAAGGUGCUCAUUGAUCAGGCCAUAGCUUCGCCGAUUGUAAUCUUUAUGUUUUUUGCAACGCUGGGCGUUCUUCGGAAGGCUUCCGUGGAUGAAACCAUUCAAGAGAUGAAGGAUAAGUUCGUUCGGUUGUACACGGCGGAGUGGGUCGUGUGGCCACCGGCACAGUUGUUCAACUUUUACCUCCUGCCGACCAAGUACCGUGUUCUUUACGAUAAUACGAUUUCGCUAGGUUACGACGUUUAUACAAGUUAUGUUAUAAAUGAGAAAAUAGAUCAUAGUCAAGAUAACAAUAGUAAUUCAAGCUAACAUUAGUAGAAUUCACGUUACAGCUGUACUCAAAGAAACAUAACAAGUAUAAUUUAUAAUAGAUGAAAAAAAAAGCAAUUCAAUAAUAUUGAAUCAAAGAAGAUCUUUCAGUGGAAAGUAAUACGUAUUCUCAGGACCGAACGCAACGUGUAGUUUCAACUUCAAUAAAUAACAAAUGUUAGAAGCUUCUAGUGCUAUUUUCCAAUAAGGUUAUUACAAAUUUUAUGUAAAGUGUUGUUCCUCGGCCCUGGCUAAGGUCGAAUGAGAAAUCGUAACAACUAAAUUUCAAUUGUUUUAAACGCUUUGUAAAUCAAAUCAUAAUAUGUUUUUACAUAAACCAGACAUGUUUUAUUCUUCCUGGGAAUAAUCACUAGUGUUAAUAUAUUAUCUUUCCAUAAACAUAGCUGCAUAGUUUUAAAGCAACGCAAAUUAUCUGUUCCUUGAGUUACCACCAAAUGUCAACAAAGUUUUGCUUUAACCUCCUUAAUACGUUGUGAAAUAAAUGUCGUUUGUCACUGCCAAAUAAAUUGUACAUUACGAAACAGU